AUGAUUAUUUAUCAUUUCAGACAUCCCCUGUUUCCGCUUCUCGCAUUGAUAUUUGAGAAAUGCGAAUUGGCGACGUGUACACCGCGCGAGCCAGGUGUUGCCGGAGGUGACGUUUGUUCCUCCGAAAGUUUCAACGAGGACAUAGCAGUUUUUUCCAAACAGAUCAGACAAGAGAAGCCCUACUACAUAGCGGAUCCGGAGGUUGACUCGCUGAUGGUUCAAGCGAUUCAAGUCCUUCGAUUUCAUCUCCUCGAACUCGAAAAGGUGCACGAGCUCUGCGACAAUUUCUGCCAUCGGUACAUAAGCUGUCUGAAGGGUAAGAUGCCGAUCGACCUGGUGAUCGACGACCGGGAGAGCUCGAAACCACCGGAAAUGGGUAACGGGCUAGACGGAGGCGGUCCCAGGAGCACAGCCGACAGCACCAGCCAUACGGACGGAGCUAGCACGCCCGACGUCAGGCCACCUUCUUCGUCGCUUUCCUAUCCUGGUGCAGGUGGUAACGACGAUGCACGUAGUCCUGGAAGCGGUGGUACACCUGGACCACUCAGUCAACAAGCACCUACCAGUUUGGAUUCCUCGGACCCCGACGCCAUGGGAAAAUGGUGUCCGCGUAGAGAAUGGAGUUCGCCGCCGGACGCGCAAAGAGCGGCGAGCGAUGCAGCGCGUCGUGGGGUCCUUUAUUCCUCCGUCUUCCUCGGCAGUCCCGGUGACGCGAGCAACGCGAGUAUCGGUAGCGGCGAGGGGACGGGCGAGGAAGACGACGAUUCCUCGGGUAAGAAGAAUCAGAAGAAGAGAGGAAUCUUCCCAAAAGUCGCGACCAACAUUCUCAGGGCGUGGCUGUUUCAACACCUCACGCAUCCGUACCCUUCGGAGGAUCAAAAGAAGCAACUUGCACAGGAUACGGGGUUGACGAUUCUUCAAGUUAAUAAUUGGUUUAUCAACGCGAGGCGUAGAAUCGUACAGCCGAUGAUCGAUCAAAGUAAUCGAGCCGUGUUUCCACCAUUGUCCGCAGGUCCUAGCGGGGCGUAUAGUCCGGACGCGACGAUGGGUUAUAUGAUGGACGGACAGGCGGCGAGCAUGAUGCACCGGCCGCCGGGUGAUCCCGCCUUCCACAACCAGUACCAUUACCCGCCCGAGUACUAUGGACAUCACUUAUAAAGUAGCAGUAACGUAUCCAGAUAAAAACAAUGGAAUGACGGUUCUUGCGGAUUGGAAAACGUAAAAUUGCGUUGAGACCACCGUGCUCCAGCCGGCGAAACCCCGAGAGUUACGGAAGGACGAACGCGAAAGAUUAAAGAAAGAAAGAAAGGAUAAUCUACCGAAAGGGAUAUAUCGAUGAUCCCUUAAAAAAAGGUAGAAGGUGUAACUCGGAUAAUCGAGGCUGAUAAAAGUAAGAGGAAGGAAUCGAGUGGAACUGAGAAGGUCUACGUGUACGCAGAUGGGGAUGCAAAAGACGGAAAGAAGAAGGAAGAUAGAAACCGUCUUGAGUUGGUGUAAGAUGAACGAUUCGAUCGAAGAAUGAUGCACCAGAAAAAUGUGCUACGAAACGAAGAAACGAAGGACGGAACGCGGUCAACGCCUGGCGGGGAGGAGAAAAAGAAGAAGAAACAGAAAUUAAGAAAGAAAAAGAAUAAUAAGAAGAAAAUGACCGCGAGGGAAUUCAUGUGAUUGUUCUUUGUACAAAUGUCGCGGUGUAUUAUUGUAGUGAAUGAAGAAUUUAAAUGUUAAAUUUUAAUACCGAUCGCAAUCGAGAUAUAAUUAAAUAUGAGAACGAGUUAACGCGGUGAUAUAUAGGCAAUUUAGCGGACAUGUACAUUAAACUAGGGGGAGGAAAUAAAAAAGAAAAAGAUAAUAAGCAGCUAAACGAGAGAAAUAAGGAUAGAUAAAAAUAAGGGAAAUGAAAAGGAAAGGCAAAGAGAAAGAUAGGAGAUUAUUAAGAUGAACCAAGAAGGAAGAACUCUCUCGGUACAGCUCGCUUAGGAAAAAGAACGAAAAAAGGAUAGGGUGAUAAAGAAGAAGAAGAAGAAAAAGAAAAAGAAGCUAGGAAAAUACGAGUGCGUCCGUGUAUGUAUACAUGAACGAGAGUGAGAUAUGUCCCGAGAACAUAAGUUUCGAGUAUAUAUGUAUACUUAUAUAGAUAAGUAUGUACAUAUAUAUAUAUGUAUCUGACCAGAUAUAUAUAUAUAUAUU